UUCUUGUUUGGACACCAACAUGAAACAACAAAUUUUGCUUUUGCUCGCCAUUUUAGCGGCCUGCGCUUUUGCCCAAAAGCCAGAUCAUUUGUUUAAAUCAUCUAAAAAUAAUGAAUUUUUUAUAAUGCCGACGAAAAAAUACACUUGGCAAGAGGCUUUAAAAGAAUGCGAGAGCCGCGAUAUGGAUUUAUUGACCAUAGAAAAUGCAGAUAAGGCAAAAGAGAUUAAGGAAAUGCUGCAAAAAGUAUUUUCAGGCAAACCUAUACCUCGUUUUUAUGUGGGCGCUAAUGAUCUCGAAAAAUUCCGUGAAUUUACUUGGAUUUCCUCCACAGUAAGUGGUCCCUUUACCUAUACCAAUUGGGAGCCAAGUGAACCGAAUAAUUAUAAAAAUCAAAAUGAACGUUGUGUUAAUAUUGGUUUUCAUGGCACCGAUCAGUGGAAUGAUGUUAAUUGUGAUCGAAAAUAUGGUUUUAUAUGCCAGGAAAGAUGGGAAACUGGAAGUUUGAUUUAAAAAUUUAAAUGCAAAUAAAUUUUUUUUAUAAUAUUUUUAAAGAAAUUUUUUUAAAAAAAACUAUUAAAAUUUAAUUGA